AUGUUUGGUGUCGCCGCGCGGGGUAUUCCCCGCUCCGGGGUAACGCCGGCGGCGCCCGCUCCAGGCCCGGCCCUCUCCCGAGAGGGCAAGCGCUCCCCCCGGCCCGGGCCGCGGCCUCCCGCCCCGGUGGAGCCGCGCGGUGGAUUGUGGGCUGGGGGCUGCGGCGGCCUCGCGGCGGCCUCCGGCACUGUCUCCCCGGACCUAGCCAGACCGAGGCGGGCGGGCGGGGUGAGGAGAAGCAGUAGAGCAGGGAACAGAAUCGCUAGGGGUAGUGGUCGCGGCGCGGCGGCGGCGGCGGCGGCGGCGGCUCCUCUGGAGGCCGGGGAUGUGGGAGAGGCGGUGGCAGCAGCGGCGGAGGCGGCGCUGCGGACCCGGGGGAAACUGCUGGCUGACAAGACACCCGGGAGAGACGUGAGGGAGCCGCCGCUGCCGCCUCUCACCCCCGAGCGGAGCUGGGCUGGAGAGGGCGGCCCUGUGCUCCCCCGGCCGACGGGCCAGCCGGCGCGGGGCGGGGGCGGGAAGCCGGGCUCGGGCCCAGCCGGGCUCCGGGCGGCGGCGGCCGCGGAGCAGCAGCCUCGGCGCGACGUGGAGGCUUGGAAGCGGCGGCGAUGCACUAGGCCUCGCUCUGGGGCGGCUGCCCGGGACCCGCAGGCCCAAGCCGGCGGAGUUUCGGUCACAACUGACCAGCGCCGAAGCUUCCAUUCCUCCCGGCCACCACCUCCUCCUCUUCCUUCUCACUCUCCCGCCGGGAUCCGGGCUGGCAGCUGUACUCUUCGACCCUAGCCGCGGCUGCGACGCCGCUCUCGCCUCUCUCGCCCCUCUCGCCCCUCUUGGGAUUUCGGCUGUGGAACUUCCACCACCCUCCUUAGACGCUGCCUCCAAACUUUCCCUUUCUUUUUCUGGCCGGGCCCUUAAGCCGCUUUUUGAUCCUACUGGAAUAAUUUAAAUUUAAAAAGUCAUUUUUCUUCCUGGAGAUGGCCAGCCCAGAAAAUUAACUCGAUGUUUUGCAGUUUGGCAGUUUAGCUCGCAAUCAUUUUGUUCAGUAGUUAAUUUUCUUCAGUUAUACAUCUUUCCGUCUCUGCAUUGAUGCAAAGGCAGGCCUUACCUGCCCUCCUGUCGUUGACAGGGGAAC